UCCCCCCCUUCUCCUCCUUCUUUAUCCCCGUCUUCUCCCUUCUUUUAUUAAGGGGUUGGCGGCCCCCACAUUCUCACAGCAACUCUAAGCCGUGGAGCGUCACAUGCCACCAUGAGUGUCCUGCCAUUCAGUUUCCUCUUCGCCCUCCUCGUCUGCCUCCCUGUCCUCACUGAGGCCAAGCGGCAGCUCAGUCAGGGAAGACCGGACAAACCCCGUCAGCCUCCGUCGACGCCCCAGCCGCCGAAGAGACCCAGAAACCGCUCAGUCCCGGGCUCUGGAGAGCUGACCACUAAGGAGGGCCAUCGCUGUGUUUGGCAGACGUCUGGUGAAGGCCUGGUGAGCCUGCUGGUGAACUGCAGUGCUGAAACACUUGGAGACCCACAGAGGUAUUGGUGUCGUUACGCAGGUAAGCCAGACCUUUGCCAGGCCUAUGGGGUGAAGUCCAGCCAGUAUUGGAAGCAGCUGGUGGGGAAGCUGAAGAAGAGGCAGAACGCCUGCGAAGGAGAGAAAGUCCUGAAGGCCAAAACCUGCAAGAAGGCUCCCGCUGAGGCUCACAUGAAGCUCGCAACACGCAGUGGAGAAGAGGAGAGGAAGGGCGGGAAGGAAGGAGGGAAGAAGAAAGCAACACCAGCAACAAAGAGCUCAGAUGGAGGGAAGGUAGAGAGGAAGAAGAAGAAGGAAGAGGAAGAAGAGGAGAAGAAGAGGGAGGAGAGGACUGAGUUUGAGGAGGAAGGGGUCCUGAAUGACAUGGAGCCUGCGCAGACUUACUGCAACGAGGGAUGGCACUCCGUUUGCUCGUUCUUUGUCAAGUUUUUUGAGGGUUGAUGGGGGAUUAAAGGAGGAAAUAAAAAUCAAAAAUUUUGAUAAAUGAUGGUGCAAAGAUUGCAAACUAUUCAGAUUUUUGUUGUACAGAAAAGCAUCAGACAGCUUUUUUUCUUAAAAAAAUAGUUUUUAUUUGACCUUCAACUUGGAACUGCAUCAUUUUAAAGUUUCUUUUUUUGAUGUACUAUUGAUAUUCGGAGUCUUGUUACUUUGACUGAACUAAACACUUUGUUUUUAUUGAAUUAUGAACUUGAUCCAAGUUGAUUUCCCUGACAUCUCAUUUAGAAAAGUUGAAGAAGAGUCGGUUAAACCUUGGCAAUAUAGAUGAGAAAAAGUUAAAUUAUCAAUACUGAAUGAAAGACACGCUUCAUUCUAAGUGUCACUCGAGGCCAUCACAAUCACCAUCUGUUAAAGUAAAUUCAAAGCACCCAUUUGCAUCAGAGGAAACAGAUAAAAACGUGUUUUAAAUGAUCCAAUCUGAGUAAAUUUGAGUUCAGUUUGUGUUAAUGAGCAUAAUUCUUUUUCAAAUCAUGUUUUGGUUAUCAACAAUCAAUAAUCAUCAAUGUUUAGGUCGAUGAUGAUAGUGACUACUUAUUGAUUAGAUUAGUUGUGUUUUCUUUCUUUUGUGAUGUGUAGCUAGUAUUUCUAUUAACAUUACUGUGUAAAAACAAUCCAUGUACUGCUCAAUGUGAAGAUUUUUUAAAUCUGUUUUCUUUGAUUCUUGAAUAAAAGUGAAGCUCUUAGAAA